GCGAGACGGCGCUGCAUGCGGCGGCUUGGAACGGCGAGGCCGCCGUGGUCGAGCAGCUGAUCUCUGCGGGGGCCAAGGUGGACACGGCCCGCAAAGACGGCUGUGGCCUCGGAAGGGUUUCAAGUUGCUUUGGGAGUGGCUCUGACGAGGAUGAAACUGCCAUCGCAAUUUGGCUCAAGAGAUGGCUCAAGGGCGAGACGAAAAAGCGAGAGUCAUCGGUGCAGCGCUGUGCAGCUGCUGCCGCGGCAGACUGCGCUGAUGAUAUGAUUCAGCGGACGGUGGAGCUUCCGAAAUUGUCGAUAGAUGCCACUGCUCUGCAAUUUGGCGAUUGGCUUAGCAUCAUCCAGUUGAACUUGGAUCAGAUGCCAACAGCAGAGACGAUCUUGAGCUACUCCGAGCAUCUGCUAGCUGAAGCGGAAGAGCUGACUCUGAUCGUGCCCGUGAAGGCAACUUCGGCCGUGAAAGCUGUGUCCAAACCAAGUGGGAAAGGGGCCCCUGAAAAAUCUGGGAAGGGUUUCCUGAAAAAACUACUGGGGAUGUUGCCGCUGCAGAGAAGUCUCUUGGUUCCGAAACCGUUUGCAGGCUCAGACGUCGAGAUGAUUACCUUGGACGUUCGAGAUGGUCAGAAUGUCCACUGUUUGACUCCCCCGGGGGACGAGACGUCAGCUGCCGAAAAGCCAAUUGUUGCUGGCGAUGUGUCUCCCGAUGCUCCGGUGAAGGUGAUUGUGGCUAUGGCUGCGCUGGCUGUGGCGUCUACAACUGCUGCGCGGGCUGACGUGCGGAUCGCUUGCGCCACUGCUGCCGCUGCUUGCGCUGGAUGGCUUGCGUGCAACUGGCAGCCGGCACCUUCAGCCAAAGGCCUGACGGGGCUGCACUGCGCGGCUCAGAAAGGCCAUGCCGCCGUGGUCGAGCAGCUGAUCUCUGCGAAGGCCACGGUGGACGUGGCCAACAACGACGGCCGUGGCCCUGGAAGGGUUUUCGGGUCGUUUUGGGAGUGGCUCUGGCGAGAUGUCACCAUGGGAAAGGUACCGUGGGGAUCCAUGUUGGGUGCCAUGUUGGCUUCCAUGUUGGGUUCCAGCUGCCAGGGUAUGGGGGAGGCCACCAUAGGUUCGACGUCGACGUGGACCCAACGGGAGACGCAAAGGCUCGAGGACUUCGACCCAACAGGGGAAGCUCCGGGAGUGUCUCAAAAGCUUCUAAAGCUUCCUUCUAUAGGCCAGUCCAAGACGGGCUCUAUUGUGCAAGCCUUUGAAACCCUGCUAAGUCAACGUGGAACCUAUAGCUUGGAACCCGGAAGUGUCCCAGUGGUUUUGGCGCCCGGAGGCCCUGCCCGGAGCUUCGCCUGUUGGGUCGAAGUCCUCGAGCCGUUGCGUCUCCCGUUGGCUCGACGUCGCGUGACGGCGCUGCAUUGGGCGGCUGAGAACGGCGAGGCCACCGUGGUCGAGCAGCUGAUCUCUGCGAAGGCCACGGUGGACGCGACCAACGACGACGGCCGUGGCCCUGGGUUUUCGGGUCGUUUUGGGAGUGGCUCUGGCGAGAUGACGGAAGGGGUUCGUACAUUGGCAG